AACUAGUGGGUGUCAAGCUCCUGGUGUUACAUUGUAUCCAGUGAGUGGGAGUUACCGGGUGGGGGGGGGGCAGCAUGGGCACCCGCCCGCCGGGCGAUCGACAGUGACCUGGGGCAGCUCGCUGGCCUCCCCUUACUGAACAUCACAAGACACAGGAAGAGAAACCCCUCGUUCGUCUGUAAAGCAUCAGCAGACCGUGCCACUGUCAUCAUGUCGGUCAGCGUCCACGAGAACCGUAAAUCCCGAACGAGCACUGGCUCUAUGAACAUCUUGCUUUUCCACAAAACCUCCCACCCAGACUGCGUCCUGUCCCAUCUCAACACCUUUCGGAAGCGCUGCGUGUUCACUGAUGUCACCCUCUGGGCCGGGAACAGGUCCUUCCCGUGCCAUCGAGCUGUGCUGGCUGCUUCCAGCAGCUAUUUCGAGGCCAUGUUCAGCAAUGGCCUGCGGGAGAGCCUGGAUGAUGAGGUGAAUUUCCAUGACAGCCUCCACCCAGAGGUGUUGGAGCUGCUGCUCGACUUUGCGUACUCCUCCCAGAUCAUCAUCAAUGAGGAGAACGCAGAGUCCCUGCUGGAGGCUGGGGACAUGCUGCAGUUCCACGACGUCCGAGACGCAGCGGCCGAGUUCCUUGAGAAGAAUCUCUACCCUUCCAACUGCCUGGGCAUGAUGCUGCUCUCGGAUGUUCAUCAGUGCCGCAGACUCUAUGAGCUGUCCUGGAGGAUGUGCCUGGUCAACUUUGAAACCGUGCACAAGAGCGAGGAUUUCAACAACCUCUCCAAGGACACCCUGCUGGACCUGAUCUCCAGUGACGAGCUGGAGAUAGAGGACGAGGAGAAGGUCUUCAGGGCCAUCAUUCAGUGGGUGAAGUAUGACUUGGACAAGCGGAAGGUGCAUCUCCCAGAGCUGCUGAGGAACGUGCGUCUGGCCUUGUUGCCUUCCAAGUGCCUCAAGGAAGCCAUGGCGUGCGAGGACCUGAUCAUGGCAGAUGAGAGGAACAAGCUCAUCAUGGAGGAGGCCAUGCACUGCAAGAAGAAGAUCCUCCAGAAUGACGGGGUGGUCACCAGCCCCUGUGCCAAGCCCCGCAAAGCCGGGCACACCUUGCUGAUCCUGGGCGGGCAGACCUUUAUGUGUGAUAAGAUCUACCAGGUGGAUCAAAAGGCAAAAGAGAUCAUCCCCAAAGCAGACCUGCCAAGCCCAAGGAAAGAGUUUAGUGCCUGUGCCAUUGGCUGCAAAGUCUAUGUCACCGGCGGGCGGGGCUCAGAGAACGGGGUCUCCAAAGACGUCUGGGUGUAUGACACCGUUCAUGAGGAAUGGUCCAAAGCUGCUCCCAUGCUGAUAGCUAGGUUUGGGCAUGGCUCAGCUGAACUGGAGAACUGCCUCUACGUGGUCGGUGGGCACACUGCGGUGGCCGGUGUCUUUCCGGCGUCUCCCUCUGUUUCCUUGAAGCAGGUAGAGAAGUAUGACCCUGUCUCCAACAAAUGGACCAUGGUGGCUCCUCUAAGGGAUGGAGUCAGCAACGCUGCAGUCGUCAGUGCUAGGCUGAAGCUUUUUGUCUUUGGCGGGACCAGUAUCUACCGGGACUUGGUGUCCAAAGUCCAGUGCUACGAUCCUGUCGUGAACCGGUGGGCAAUCAAAGCAGAGUGCCCCCAACCUUGGCGCUACACUGCCGCCGCUGUUCUAGGCAGCCAGAUUUUCAUCAUGGGCGGGGACACUGAAUUCACAGCUGCAUCCGCCUACCGCUUCGACUGUGAAACGGACCAGUGGACACGGAUCGGGGACAUGACUGCCAAGCGCAUGUCAUGCCAUGCCUUGGCCUCGGGGAAUAAGCUUUAUGUGGUGGGGGGUUACUUUGGGACGCAGAGGUGUAAAACGCUGGAUUGUUAUGACCCUACCUCGGACACGUGGAACUGUAUAACAACAGUGCCGUACUCACUCAUCCCCACGGCUUUCGUCAGCACAUGGAAGCACUUGCCAGCUUGAGAGGCAUUGGCUCAGGCCCAGAAUUCAGGAGCUUAACCGGAUGCCACUGUCAAAUUCAUCUCUCUUUCUCUCUGCUGGAGUCUGCACAGUGACCAAAUGCUACCAGCUACUGCCCCCACCCAAGCCUGCAAAGGGGCCUUUGCAGCCCUUCCCUGGCUCAGGGCACGGGAAAAGGGCUGGCCUGAGAAUGAAGCCGCGCCAUUCGGGCUGGGAGGGGAUGCAGCUAGUGUUGGUGUGGAGGCCUGUUGUGUCAGGGCCGUUUUCCAUUGGGGCUCUCGUUUGUGGGAGCGGGGAGGGAGGGGGAUUGGUUUUAAUAUGGUAAGAAAGAUGAAGUAUCCAUCAACGCUGCAUUAAGCCUUUUGAGAUGCAGGAGAUGGAUGUUGCUGCCGCUACCUAAGGAGGCACAAGCUUGAAUUAAACAGAGUGCAGUGGGCGCGCCGGGCCUGUCCUGCCACCUGAUUCCUCUGGAGUUUAUGCUAGGACCCCAGCAGGGUUUUUCGGCGGUCCUAGGAGCGCACAGCACAGUAACCCAGCUAGGUGCUUUUUGUACUGGGGCACGCGGGAGGGUGCUACACUUUUUAAAAGCGGUUAAUUUUGCAACGUGCUUUAUGUCGGUGAUCCCGGGUCUUUAGGACACUUCAAAGUGACCCAGACAGCAGGGGAGUGUGAGACGGGUGGCUGUUGCCAGUGGGGCGAGGAUUGGAGAAUCCGACUCUGGGCUCUGCACAGACUGGAAUGGUAGCAGAGAGCCAGCCCCAUGCAUAGAUCCUCCUGCAUGACCCAAGUACCUGCUCCCGUUCCCAGGCAGGGACGCUGGCUGCUGAAACUUAAAUCAGUAGUCCUUUGAUGUUGCUAAAAAAAUUCCAGGAGCCCGACACCCCAGGCAGCCAGGUAACGUGCGGGAAGAAGGCAGGGACCCGAUGUGCACAUCAGAACAUUCUCCUUCCGCAUUCUACUGCAGUCUGUCUGAGGCCUGGCAGCUCCCUUCCCACAGCAGCUGGGGAGAGGCGUUGUACACCUGUCAACGUGUCAGGAUCUGGGUUAAUUAUGUUGCAAAGGGCUGACGUAAAGCUGGAUGACACUCGCUGCACAUUCAGAGCAGGUCUCUGAGCCACUCCUUUGCACUUUUACAUCCCCUAAAUCCUGGGUGUGUAGGAGGGAAGGGGGGUUUACCAGCAAGUGAACAGGACCACAGAAUUUACCAUAUCAGGUCUGAUCUUCAGUCCAUUGAGAAGGGUGUCCUGCCUCAACAGUGCCUAAUACAUGAUGCUUCAAAGGUAAAGCAUCACACAACUGGCAAGGUGAAUUAUAGGAGGGGAGUACUGAUAAAGAAUCCAUUCCCUACGCUUUACUGGCACACCCUGAUGCCUGUGGUUACUGUACCCUGAUCCCAGCCUGCAGAGCUGCCACAGUUGUUGGUCAUAAAUUACCCAUAAGCAGCUCUGAAGUUUCAGUGGCUGAUCUCCACAGGCCAGGGUUGUCAACUUGGCGGUGGGCUCUACCUGCAUUUUGUUUUACAUGAAGGACCCGUUAAUUCUGAGUGACCCCCCGUUGUUCUCAUCAUGGAUUAGGGCUCUUUGAUAACUGUUUACAGCAUGGACUACAACUUCUUCCAUACCUAGCCUGACCACUGCUGGCCGCAGGCCUGGCGGCUCCAGCAGGCCUUUGCGUACUCUGAGUUUUCAGUAGAUUAGCUUAAGCUGCAGCCCAGCCAGCCAAAUAGUGCAAUGUACUGGAAACCCUGGACAUGGCUUCAAACACAGCUGCCUUUCAGGAGGGAAGAGCUCCCUUCCCUGUAAAGAUGAGCACACACUUUUCACACAGCCGCCUCACUAAUGGACUGAAUUGUUGAUUGAUUUAAAUGUUGUUUCCCCCCCCCCCGAUGUUUGAGAAUUUUAAUAAAACAGUUUGCGAAGC